UGCACAGGUCGAAUGCAUGGCAAAUUUAGGAUUUUCAUUCUGAAUGCAUGGCAUUGUGAGAUAAUAGGCUAUUGGAAAUACAAAGGUCAACCACAUUAAUUGUUAUCAAAUUACACACAUUCGGACGUUUACGCGCGCAAUAAAACUUCUUCAUGCAAACUUACUUGCGUGGAGUCUAAGAGAUUUUACUCUUUGAUUUGGCUUGGCGAGAGUGAAAGGUGACUCUCCGCCACUACUUCGCUUGAAUGUGCCAUGCAUGCUCUCCUUCGCGCGAACUUUAAACUUCGCAGCAACACAGAUUUUACACUAAUCUCAUAUUCCAAGGACAUACCAUGAAGAAGCCUUUUUUAGAAUGCAUUUUUAGAAAUAAUUGAACACCGCUUUGGGCAAAUCUCUCUCACACAUUUCAAACUCUUCAAAGCGCCCGCCCCAUCCCUCCUUUUUAAAAGACAGGUAGGCCUACCCACGAUUUUGACCAAACAUUGCUCUAGCUAUCUAGCACACUGGUUGCAGGUUACUAAUCGGCUGCUCAUCAGGACCUUGUUAGAGUAGGGCUGAAGCAAAACCCUGCGCACCAGCUCUCCGGGAGUAGUGUUACUCAGCGCAUUCUGCAGACAUUAAUUUGAGCAACUACAUUCCUGUAUUCUAGCCAACAUUUACCACCUAUUUAAAAGUAUCUGAUCAGACUCAUUUUAUAAAAUGUGUAUUCUCACCCUAUUCUCAUUUAUUCGGCCACCUGUUCGGAGGAACUGGCCUUUUAAAUGCAUCUCAACUACGGGCGGGGCUUAGACGUAGCAAGCCUAUGAUUACAGCACACCAAACACCAUCUGUUGUGUUUUGCUUCCGUGAAAUCCGAGCCAGUAAAUCUAUACGCUGUCUUAACAAACGGAAAUUAAGAAUGGUUACAAAGAGGAUCCGAACGGAGUAUAUGAAGAGAUUCAAGGACCCAAAAUGGGAAACCUACGCCAAGUGUUAUGAGGAGAUGGUAAAGUACAGACUGACGAGAAGGCUUUUGGAACAAACACAUAAUCCGUGGUUUUGGAACGGUGACAGUGACUCGGAAUCCAGCAGGUCCACUCCUCAAAAUAAUAAAGUUGAGCCAUUGGUCCUAAAAGAAGAAUCACAACGAGAACGUGAGAGAAAGAUUCCACCUAAACAACCAUUUGAACAGAAGAUCCCAAUUUCAGAAGAAGUGCAUGAAGAAGUUGCUUCUCCGCAGACCUCGCCACCCAUUGAUGUACAGGUUGCUGUGGACAGAGGCUGUGGAGAGACAGAGGAAGAGAAGCUGGGACAAGUAUUAACUGCCUCUGAGUUAGGGAAGAAGCCAGAGGCCCAAACUACAGCCAAACGGUCCAGAAAGCCCCCCAGGGCAUGGAGCCAGCUACGGAAGCCCAAAGAGACUGACAAGAAAAACAGGCACCCAUUUGCCCUGUAUGGAGGGGGUGACAGGCCAGCUGAGAUGGCUAGGAAGAAGACUCACAAUGUGGGUCCAGCUGCAUCAACCAAGGAGAUCCACCAGUCUGCAUUACGGGCCAAAACCAGACGGGAGGUUGAGAAGCAGGUGCAGAAAGUGGACAAGCAGAGAGUGCGGUCUGCAGAGCUGGAGAAAGUGACCAUGACCAAACCUGACUUUGACCCCUGGAUGACGGAGUACAUGCGCUGCUUUUCUGCCAGGUCCUGAUAGAUAUAGAGGGCAAUACUUAUGAAAAACAUAAGAUGGGGAAUAUGGUCUUCUUUAUCAAAUAUAAAACAUAUAGAAUUAUUUUGUUUCCAAAGUUUGCAUUCACCAUGCUUUUCAAACUUUUUAAUGUUAAUAUAUUCCUUAGUCACUACAAAGUAUUGCGUCCAAAUCAUGCAUUAACGUAAUUCAGUUUUAGAACGGUAAUGCACAAAACCCUCUGAGUGAACAGAUUUGUCUUGCAGUAACAAUGUGCAGUAAAUAGUCCUCUCUGUUUGUGAAAUACAAUAUCACUGUCCAAAGGUAUUUCUACACAGUAUGGCACUAGAUAGUCCUGGUCUCAGCUUAUUGCUCUUUGCACCGCCAGGACCCAGCCAAGGGUUCCUCUCAGGCGGCCUUAGGUUUAGGUGGUAUACCGGGGUAUUUUGAAAUACAGAUGGUAUGAUUUUCAAUACCAUCUCGUGGAGGGUGCGUGCUACGCCACUGCUUGUAACUAACUAUAAGUUAACUAUCUAAAAUGUGCCAAAUGAAUUAUUUCCAGCUCAGGGCUCCAGCUAUGCAUUUGGUUUGCUAACUUGCUAGCUAAGUGGCUAGCUUGCAAGAUCAAGCUUCUUGGUUACAACUGAAAAGGAGCGCUAUUUCUUUCCAAACUUAAAAAAACAACACACAAAGCUAAUUUAGGCAGCAGGGAUCUUUUUAAGUUUGGAAAGAAAUAGCGCUCCUUUUGUGCACUGCCGGUAAUACCGUAUACCCCGGUGUGGUACAGCAACGGUGUGAAGGUAUGGAAAUCUGGACACUACCCAACCCUAGGAGGCAUAGAUCAAAUUCUCCCAAAAGUGACCUCAAUAGCACAUUGACAACGUUCUGUACAUACUGUAGAUAAUGAAGGUCAACGUUUCGUUUAUGUGGAUGUUCUCAUGGUCAAAUCUCUCUUUUUUGGGUGGUUGAGUGUUAUGUUAUGGUCUUCUGUUGUUCAUUUUAUUUGUCAGUAUUAUGUUUUAACAAGCACAAGUUUUAUUUCCACAUAAAAUACAAUAAGACAACCUUUAGGGCUAAUGUUGAUUAAAUAAUGAGCAAAAAAGCAAAACAUAGAUGCAAUAAGUCGUAGAUAAUUAAUAUUAUGUUUCAAAUAGCUACAACAGGGCCAAUGCUUUCGAUUACAGUGAUCAUAACCACAGGAUGCAUGCAUGAAAUGUUAUAAUCUACCAGCACCGGAUGAUUCACUGGUAUCUGUGUAAGUAAGCUGCAGUACACAAAAUGUCAAUGUUAAUGUUAUUGUGAAGUAUAGCUCAAUAACAAUUUACUGCAGCCAUAACAUUGAGGUCUUGAUUUACUCAAAGCUUUGGAAAAUCUUCCUGUCAGUAUAAUGACUUGUCGGUUUUAAAGCGAAGUAUGUUGAUGUGAGGCUACAUUACUUGGAAUAAAGCCAGUAGGACUAGUGUGUCUAGAUCACAGACAGUCUGUAAGGAGGGAGCUCAUGUCGAGCUCCAACUGAUUAAAAAUGUCACAAUUUUCUUGUUUAAGUGUUAUUUUGUAUGAUCAAACUUAAAUGUUGACGCUUUUACACAUUUAAUGGUACUGAUACUGAGAUCAGAUUGCAUUUUGAUAUUGUGUGCUAGGCUUAAAACAAUGAAUAAACUACUUUUUUUUACUGAA